CUCUAGCCUCCAAUGUUCUGCAUUAGCAGUGGACAUGAAUUUUUGUUGCUAAUUCUAUUUCAAUUGCGCCAAAGCUCCGAGAAAUGGAAGCUUUGGCCCAUGUCUAUCUGAAGCUGAUAUUUCUCCUUCAACUUCUUUCCUUCUUCCUCUUGACAUGCUCCACAAUGGCCUUUCACGACGACGAAAGUGACUCUGCGAUAGAUUCAUGGUCGAAUUCAGGAGAUUCAUGUUCUUUAUCUCCCUCACUCCUUGAUUACCGUCUUGAAGAUGGGAGAACCUAUCAUGCAUAUCCGGAUGUGAAAUACCUGCUACCAAAUGAUGAGCAAGAGUUAAAUCGGUUGGAUUUGCAGCAUGAACUGUUUCUUCACAUUGGAAGCAGAAAACUGUAUAUCGCGCCACUGCCUCAGGACGUCCAAAGCGUCCUUGACCUUGGCACCGGAACAGGAAUCUGGGCAAUAGACUUUGCGGAUCAACACGAAAGCGCAUGCGUUGUAGGCUUAGAUAUCUCACCGGUACAACCGAAAUUCGUCCCUCCCAACUGUAGUUUCUAUCUCAACGAUAUUGAGAAGGACUGGAUGCAAAGAGGACAACUCGACUUCGUUCAUCUGCGAGAUAUGGCUACCAGCAUAAGAAAUUGGCAUGGAGUUUUUGAACAAGCUAUGCGGCACCUCAAGCCAGGUGGCUAUAUCGAACUUCAGGAAUUUUGCUUUCCCUAUCUUUGUCAUGAAUCUUGGAACAAGUCUUCGAAAAUACUUAAUUGGUCCAAACACUAUAUGAGAGCAUGCAGUGAAAUCGGCUUGAACCUGCAAGCACCUCUAAAGUGGGAGGAAGACCUUCGAAAAUCCGGAUUUGAAGACGUUCAUAUAGAGAAAAGAAUCUUGCCACUAGGGACGUGGGCCAAAGGCAAGGAGAACAAGAUUUCUGGAGUAUUUGCUCUUGAGAAUUUGCUUGAAGGAGUUGACGCUAUGAGCCAUGUCUUUACGACUGCACUUGGUUGGAGCAAGGAGAACGCUGAGAAUUUGGCUGCACAAGUGAAAAGUGAGGCUUUGAGGAGCAAAGUACCUUUAUUUCAAUAUGUUUACUUUUGUUAUGCAAGGAAACCAGAAUAAGGCAUUCUGCUUUUUCAACGAAAUAUUCUCCAAGUCCCAGACUUAAGGGUAUACUGCCCUAACGCUCCCUUUGAAAGAUCCAGCUCCUUUCAUAGUUGAGGUAUCUCUACAAUCACCUAUGAGAUGGUUCAGAUCGGUGUCUUGCAGUUGAUUAAUUUGUCUUCAUUUACCGCAUUUCUCAUCCAGC